AUGGUCUCCGGCAGCAAACGCGCGAUCCACGAGGUCAGCGGCGACGUCGUCGCGGAUGACGAUGUUCCUCUGCUGCACCGCAUUCGCAAUAUGUGGCAGUUCGCCAACCUCUGCCAAUGGAUCUACCUUUUCGGUAAGGUCGUUAAGUUGGACGACCGGCUCGAUACCGAAGAAAUCGAAGCCGAAUGUCUGAAGCCCAACUCGCUCGUGCUUCAAGAAAUUGGACUGGCUCUUCUCAAGAACGUUUCAUCUCAUCGUGGUCUUACCCAUGAGAUCUUUGACGAGUACACAAGGAGGCAGUACAUGGCUAAGGCUCCCGAGAAGAACCCCUUUGGGGCACAGGAAACACCGGCCAAGUUCGCAGAAUUUGAUGCGUUGACAAAGAUUCGAGUACUGCAACAACUCACACAAUGGGUGAUGCGCCAUCCUGAUCGGUUACGAGACAAGAUGGGAGAGCCCAAAGACGUUGAACAGACCAACUGGAGAAUCGAGCCAAUUGGCUGGGAUGCUGACGACAGGACCUACUACGUGCUCGAUGACAAUAGAGUCUACCGGAUGACUGACGCGCCACCACCAACACCGCCCAAGAAGAGAACGAAGGCCGCAAGACAAGGUCGUAGGGCCAGCAAGAGACGCAGGACCAAUACAAGCGUGGAGGCCGAGGACACAGAUGACCCUAUUGAACCGCCGAAAAGAGUAUCAGAAGGACUAGGUCGCCAGGAUGAAGACUUUGGAGGCAUGCUGUGGGAAUGCGUCGCGAUCACGCUCGACGACGUACGUGGACUGAUUGCUUCUUUCGCCAAGACUCGAGACGAGAAUGAAAAGGUGCUCAAGUCUCAACUGGAAGAGCAUCUUCUUCCCAUUCUUGAGAAGCAGGAAGAAUCGAGGAAACGCAAGGCUCUCCAGCGGGAAAGGGAGCUCAUCAACUUAUCGAAGAUGGUCAAUGCGAAGCGGUCAAGCCGCCUCGCCAAUAAACACGAACAGCAGCUCGCCGAAGAGCAAGCCCGCGAAGAGGAACAGCGUCGAGCGGUAGAAGAAGCCGCUGCUCGGAAAGCGGAGCUGAAGCAAAUGAAACUGGAGGCGGAACGCAACAGGCGACUGGCUUCCCGGGAGAAUCGCCUCAAAGACCGCGAAGCACGUCGUCUCAAGCACGAAGAUGAGCUCUCCAACCUCUCGGAGGAUAGCCGCAGUGCUAGUCAAGGACCUGGCAGGUUGUCUGACCGGCAAAGACACGCGGAGAUUUUGAGGACGAAGCAAGCCCUCCAGAAACUUGAUGACGAGGAUGAGGGGGACGACUGGAUCUUUGAUUGUGUCUGUGGAGUGUAUGGACAAGUGGACGAUGGCACUCAUAGCAUUGCAUGUGAACAGUGCAAUGUUUGGCAACAUAGCAAAUGCGUGGGAGUGCGAGAAGACGAAGCCGAAGAGUCUGACUUUCACUUUAUUUGCUCGUCCUGCCGACGGGCGAAAGACGAUGACCCACAAGCGAGAACCAUCAUCCGGCUCAAGAUCAACCGCCCACACACCGACGCGCCUCUCGAUGCCGCACCGGACUUCGAACAGCCCUCGAGUGGAGCCGCAGAGAAGACGAAGCCUGCUGUCGACCUGUUUGACAGCAAGGCUAAACUCGGGGCCGGAGCAGUCACGGAUAAAGACCUAGACGAAUCGAAGACACCUUCUGAUCUCGAGGCACCCGUUCACGUUGAGCCCAAGCCAGUACCUGUCACCCCGGGCAUGACGAGAUCAGACGGCCAUCCGGCGACGAGCUUCCCACCGCUCAGCCAUGCAUCAGUAAACGAAACCCCAAGGUUACGGGGCUCGACAAGUCCGGUGCGACCGGCUGAUGGCCUGUCUUCACCCAUUUCUCGGAGCAUACUGGCGACCCCGAUUCUCAGCCAGGAAGGCAAACGUGUAGAGGCGGCCCAUGCCUCAACGCUGCCCUCAACUGAAUCCGGCUUCUCUCCGACUAAACAAUCACCUGCCCCACUACCACGACCCCGAUCAGCCUCCUCCAAAACCAGCAGCGUGCCUGCCGUAUUUCCACCCACAAUGACACUGGCACCAUCCCCCCAGCAGCCAAUCCUUACGCCCCCUGAAAAACAAGCGGAACCUGCUCGACCACAACCUUCCGAUAUUUUUCGAGCCUCGUGA